AUGGGGCUGCAAUUGGUUGGGCAAAGGAGGCAGAGCCCGGUUCACGGCUGGGGAAGAUGAGCCUUGCUCGGAAGACGGAGGGGCUCCUCCGCUGGGGGUCCCCCCUGGACCGGCUCCUGUCGGGGGAUGGCCCCGCCCGGGCGAGGCUCCUCGGGAGGAGAGGAUUAUUUAGGCAGCCGGAACUGAAAAGCUCUGCCUGUUUGCAUAUGCCGCCUUGUGACUUUGUGCCCGAAAAAUAUGAGUCUUAUCUGUAUGAGGACGUGAUGAAGAUCCGCAAGCAGAAUGUUUCCCCAUCCCUCACAACCUAUUACAAGAAACCAGUACUGCUACACCAGGGGCACAUGCAGUGGCUGUUUGGCCACGAUGGUCGUCGGUACCUGGAUCUCUUUUCUGGGAUUGCCACUGUUGGUGUUGGUCAUUGCCACCCAAAAGUAACAGCAGCUGCCCAGAAACAGCUGGGUCGCUUGUGGCAUACAUCUAGCCUCUACAUGCACCCAGCAAUUCAGGAAUACACAGAGAAAUUGACCUCGCUGCUUCCAGAUCCCUUAAAGGUGAUUUACCUGACCAAUAGCGGUUCCGAAGCCAAUGACCUGGCCAUGGUUAUGGCUAGGGUUCAUACACGCAGCUUUGACAUAAUUUGCUUCAGAGGAGGAUACCACGGGAACAGUCCUUACACGAUGGGCAUGACAUCCAUUGGAAAUUACAAGCACGGUCUUCCUCAUGCUUUUGGCUGCCCAACGACCAUGUUACCAGAUGUUUUUAGUGGCCCCUGGGGUGGAAGCCAUUGUCGAGAUUCUCCAGUACAAACAAUUCGGAAAUGUAGCUGUUCUCCAGGCUCUUGUCAUGCAAAAGACCAGUACAUCGAGCAGUUCAAAGACACGCUGGCCACUUGUGUGCCAAAGAAGAUUGCUGGAUUUAUCGCUGAGCCAAUUCAAGGUGUCAAUGGCGCAGUUCAGUAUCCCAUGGGAUUCCUAAAGGAGGCUUUUAAGCUUGUUCGUGAAAGGGGAGGAAUAUGCAUUGCAGAUGAAGUUCAGACGGGGUUUGGUCGCACGGGCAGCCAUUUCUGGGGAUUUGAAGGACACGGCGUGGUGCCUGAUAUUGUUACCAUGGCCAAAGGGAUUGGCAACGGCUUCCCCAUGGCAGCACUCGUCACUACUGCAGAAAUUGCAGGUUCUUUGGCUCAAGGCGUGCCCUUUAACACAUUUGGAGGAAACCCCAUGGCCUGUGUUGUUGGAUCUGCAGUUCUGGAUGCGAUAGAGGAAGAUGGCUUGCAGAAAAACUGUGAAACUGUUGGAACUUACCUGCUGCUACAGCUUGCCAAGCUCCGGGAUGAGUUUGAAAUCGUUGGAGAUGUCCGUGGCAAAGGUCUUAUGAUUGGGAUCCAGAUGGUGAAAGAUAAGGACAGUCGCCAGCCCCUUCCAACUGAGGAAAUAAACGAGAUCCUUGAAGACUGCAAAGACAUGGGGGUGCUAAUUGGGAAAGGAGGAGUUCAUGUUCAGACAUUUAGAAUUAAACCACCAAUGUGCAUCACUAAGGAAGACGCGGACUUUGCAGUGGAAGUUUUCCACACAGCUUUAACCAGGCACAAGGAGAGAAUGGCGACAGCAAAGUAGUAUUUCGGGGAUCGUGAACUGCACCGGACGUCACUGAAAUGCCUCAGUGGUUUUUUCAUUGGUUCUGUAGCAAGAAAUGAUCCAAUUGGCAGGAAGCAGGAAAUAGGGGAAGAGGCAUUCAAGUGGCAGAGGCCUGAUUCCAUGAGAUGUCCAUGUAGCUAUACUAUAGAGGGAUUUUAACUAUCCAAUUCUGAUAAUGACUGAUUUGGAUGGGGAGAUGAAACUCUCCUUUCCCUCAGCCAGCUGAUUAGUGGAAUCUGAGCUCUCUCAAAAGCCUGCACCCAUUCCAUCAGCCUAUGUGUUUGACCCUGAGAGCAAUACAGAUAUAGCAUGUCUGACAUUUACUGUAAAAAAUAGGUGGGGUGAUUGUGCUCUUCCAAUACCGGUCUUAAGCAAGGCUCCUGGGAUAACCUUUUAAUAAAAAUAAUACGGCUGGCCUUUGAUUCUGAUUUAAUAAAAACAAUACAGCUGGCUUCUAGCCUUAUAUUUAGCCAUUUCCCAGCAUGUACCUGCAGCCUCACAUGAGCUAUUUUGAAUGUUUAAGGGCAGAAUUUACAAAUAAUGAGGCCGAGGAUUGGGGGUGGGGGGUGGGGGGACACUGUAAACACAUUCUCAGGUAAAGAACUAUGGCUCCAUGCUGAAAAGGAAGGAAAUGUGAAAGUUAGUGGAAUCCACCCUAAAGUGUUUACCUGUGACAUGUCAGUUCCUCCACUGAACUAAAGAUAAGUUCAGAUAGAAGAUCCAAUUUGAUCCUUGCAAAAAGCUUGUUGGACAAGUCAAUGAGAAAAAUCACAGGCCUGUGAGCCAGAAACUCCAAUCUAAUAACGCCACACUCAAUUCUGUCCCCCACCCACCAAUAUUUUGUACCAGCAAGAGGGAACGAUGGAGCCUCUACUUGUUUUCUCUAGAUGAAUGAAUACGCAAUUCCAGGCCAUAGACGAUGUAAAAGGUUUCCUGUGCUACAACAGUAAGCAGAUCAAAAGGGGAGAUAAGUGAAUCAGUGGUCUAGAAAGGAACCGGAUGGCUACAAGAUGGUGGAGAAAUGUUUAAAUAAAGGAAUAAACGAACAUGAAUAUUUACAUGUAACUAUCGUAUAAUAAAACUGCAAUGUACACUAAAA